AUGAUUUAAGAUGAAAUUACAAUUUGCUUUAUGGAUGGAGAGAAGAGAUAAUGUAGUAAAAAAUAUGAUGACAUAAUGGAGGAGCUGAAAAAAAAAGAAGAUUAAACAUGGUUUUUAAUUGAGGAAUAAUUAAAAGUAUUAAUUAAAGAUGAUACUACUUUGAAAUACUCUUCUUAAUUGAUAUCUGUUGGACCUUCAGACAUUAUAAGUAUGUACAGAAGCCACUUAAAAGUCAAAGAAUUAGAAACUAAAAAUUCCUAACUCGAGGAUGAGAUAAUCAAUUUAUAAGAUGCGAAAUCAGAACUGCUUCACUAUGGAAAAGUUAUUCCUUAAAAAUACAUUAAAGAAGGUUUAUUAGAUUAAGAAUUGGAAAAACAAAGAAAAGAAAUUGCUAAACUUAAUAAAUGUGUAUAAGAAUUAGAAAAUUAAUUGAAAAGUUAGGAAGAAGCUGAAUAAAAAAGAAUAUCAGAUUUCAAAAAUAAAUAUCAAUAGCUAACUAAUUAAGAAUCUACCUAUACAUAAUAAAUUUCAUCAUUAGAGUAAGAAAAAUUUUAAUUUUCAGAAAAAAUAGAUUAAUUAUUAUAAGAAAAGAAAUAAUUCUCGUAAAAAAUAGAUUAAUUAGAAUAAGAAAAAGAAUAAUAAACAGUUUAAAUAGCUUAAUUAAAAUCUUAAUCAUAACCUUUUUAAAAAGAAUAUUAAAUUGGAACAGAAUAAUCACUAGAAAUUUAAUGUUCAUCAAUAAGAAUAUAAAAUUAGGGAUCAAAAUAAUCACCUACUUCUAUAAACCCAUAAACAGUUUAGCAUCUUAAUAAUAUUUACUCAGAUGAACGAAAAUAGAGUGAGAGUUAUAUAUAUCUUUAUAAUCAAAAUAAAUUCCUAGAAAGUUUAUUAGAAAAAGUUUGUGAUGAAAAUAGAGAGUUGAGAAAAAUUUUUGAUCCAAAUAAAACUAUCUUGUUUUAAAGAUAGUCUAAGAUUUAUUAAAUAAAAUUAGAUGUACAGUAAUUCAGUCAAUCUAUUAAGGAAAAGAAAUUUUAUUUUAGGAAAAAUUGCCUCUUUAAAGAUAAUGAAUAUCUAAUCGAACUAAUGCAAAAUAAAUUAGACACAGAAAUUAAGAUAAAUAUAGAUGAUUAGUGUUUAAAAAUCAAAAAUGUAUAUCAUAUUUGUUAAAAAAAAUAUCAAGCAUUAGACAUAAUUUUGAAUAUGUUAAUAGCAGAAAUUUAUGCAUAAUUAUUUGUACGUGAUCUUUAAGAAGCUAAUAAAACUAAUAGUUAAAACUAAUUAUCUUAAUUAUGGAAUUUUAAAAUCCCUAGAUUAUUCCUUGCCAAGGAUAAUUCAGGAUAAUAUAGUAUUUUUUAAGAAUGCUUUGAAAAUGAUAGUAAAGAUUUUAAACCUUUUCAAAGUACAUAAAUAGAAGAUCAAUAUAUUUCCUCUUUUUUUAAAUAUUUCUAUCUUGCAACUAAUAAAAAUUUUGCAAUAACAGAAUGUUAAUUAUUAGUAUUAGAGAAUAACAUUCAAAGAAGACUCAACGAAGUUGUAAUAUAAAGUAUUGUAAUACAUUCAAAAUACAAAAAUCUAUUUUCUUAAUUAGAUAAAGGAAAAGAAAAAAUUAUAGAUUUUGAAAGAAUAUUAUCUUAGAAUCCACCAGGAGCAAUUUAAUAAUAUUGGUCUGAAUAACUAUAGAUUUUAGCUGAAAAAGUUUGGUAUGAUCAUUGA